AUGACCGCGACUUACGGAAUUUUACCAACCUUCGACCAUACUACACAGGUGUGGAAAACGUUUAGAGAUAGGAUUACGCAGUGGUUCGUGGCAAACGAUAUCAAUGACACCGAGGACAGAACUAAGGAGAAGAGACGAGCGAUACUGCUAAGCACACUCAAUGACGGUACUUAUAAAUUGGCGUCAGACUUGGCCCUGCCAAAGGAGCUGACGGGAGUACCGUAUGACGACAUACUGAAGCUGCUGGACAGCCAUUUCACACCUAAAGUGUGUGGAUUCGGCGAACGAUCGAAGUUCUACGAAGCGGUGCAGCAGCAGGGCGAGACACACGCUCAGUGGGCGGCGCGACUGCGUGGGUUGUCGGCGCAGUGCAAAUUCAACAGCGUAGAUGAAGCACUGCGCGAUCGUUUUGUGAUGGGCAUGCGCCCGGGACCAGAGAGGAUCAAGUUGUUCUCACAAGACCUGGGCGAGCUGACGCUGGCCAAGGCGGUUGAGUUGGCCAGCAGCGUGCGGGGCGCUCUCAGCGCUGCCUCAGGGUCCUACACCGCUCAACAGUCGGAUCACCUCGAACAGGUGUUUAAGGUAGAUAGAAGCGCUAAUAGUGAUCGUGUGUCUAGUGGAAAGUGUUCAGUGUGCGGUCGUUAUAAUCAUAAAAGUGAGCGUUGUCGCUUCGCAAAUUACAAAUGUAAGAAGUGUAACGUAAAAGGGCAUUUAGCCAAAGUAUGUAAGAAGGUUAACUUUAUAGAAACUAACGCGGACGAAGAGAUGAGCGAGGGCGAUGAUGGUAAGCUACUUAAUAUUCGUUCUGUCAAUGGUGAACCAAUGCAUGAAUUUGUUUGUAUUUUGGGGGUAGAUAUCCAAUUCGAAAUUGAUAGCGGGUCCGCGGUGACGGCCGUCUCGGAGAGCACGUACAAGCAACAUUUUUUACAAGUGCCGUUGUUGCUAACCGGUAAGCGGCUGGUAAGCUAUACAGGUAACCAGAUUGAAUGUAUAGGUAUAGUUAAACUGCCAGUAAAGUACAAAGACCAAGUGCAUGAAUUAAAUAUUUAUGUUGUGCGAAACGGAGGGCCUCCUAUUCUCGGUCGUGAUUUUAUUUCAAUGUUUAACUUGGAGAUAACAUCAGUUAAAUAUUGCACUCCAUCGGACACGUCGGAAACCCAACAAUUACAGCAACAAUAUCCUACCGUAUUCUCAGAUAAACUAGGGUUAUUUAACAAGUUCAAGGUCAGCUUGCAAUUAAAACCAGAUGCUAAACCAGUUUUUUUCAAAGCGCGCCCCACUGCGUUUGCUUUACGAGAAAAAAUAGACAAUGAAUUGGAUCGAUUAGUAAGUUUAGGCAUCUUAAAACCAGUCGAGCAUUCCGAGUAUGCGUCACCGGUCGUUCCCGUACUAAAGAGUAAUGGGUCAUUAAGACUGUGCGCAGACUAUUCAGUUAGUAUUAACAAACAGCUGUUAGUGGAGCAAUAUCCCUUACCAGCCGUAAAGGAGUUGUUUAGUAGAUUACACGGCGGACAACAAUUUACCAAGUUAGAUUUGUCAAUGGCGUAUCAACAAUUUGAGUUGAGUAAAGAGUCCCAGAACAUCACUUGUAUCAAUACCCACCGUGGGUUAUUCAAGUAUACGCGACUCGUUUUCGGACUAGCUAGCGCACCCGCUAUAUUUCAACGCGCCAUUGAUUGUCUGUUAGCGGGAAUGACCGGAGUAUUGUGUCUGAUUGAUGACAUAUUGAUAACGGGUGGAGACAGAAAUGAGCACUUGGAAAGGUUACACGCGGUUUUGAGAAAAUUACAGGACGCGGGUUUAACUGUACAAAAGAGUAAAUGCGAGUUUUUUAAGGAUGAGGUCAGUUAUCUCGGGUAUGUUAUAGACCGGAAUGGAGUGCGUAAGUCUCCUGAAAAAGUGAAAGCCAUAGUGAACGCGCCCUUACCUACGGAUGUCAAUAAAUUACAAUCAUUUCUAGGUUUAGUAAAUUACUAUCGGGAUUUUGUACCGGGUGCGUCCACAAUUCUUAGCCCAUUAUACGAUUUGCUUAAGAAGGGAGUUAAAUGGUGCUGGACAGAUGUACAUAGCGAUGCAUUUAAUAAAAUAAAAAAGUGUCUCGCUUCAGAAAAAGUUUUAGCGCAUUUUAAUUCCGGAGCAAAAAUAAUACUGACGGUCGAUGCAUCCCCGUAUGGACUAGGCGCUAUUUUGUCGCAGGUGGAUUCCAACGGAACGGAGCGACCCGUGUCAUACGCAUCGCGGACGCUCAGUGCCGCCGAAAAACGAUACUCACAAAUCCAAAAAGAGGCGACAGCCAUAAUAUUUGGUGUGAGAAGAUUUCACCAAUAUUUAUUUGGAAGAUCGGAGCCUUUCAUACUUAGAACCGAUCAUAAGCCCCUUGUUUCUAUUUUCGGGCCGCAUCGAGGCGUUCCGGAAGUGUCUGCAAAUCGCCUACAGCGUUACGCGUUGUUUUUAGGAGGGUAUAACUACACGAUAGAAUACAUACGCAGUCAAGACAACAGUGCAGAUUUCUUAUCGCGCGCGAGUCUGCCCAUUGAGUACGCGGGAGAAGGGGGCGCGACGGCGGGAGCUCAGUCAGCUGACGACCAAGCUUGUUUUAUCAACUUUGUAGUAGAGGGUAACUUACCGGUGACGUUAGCUCAGUUACGCGCAGAAACAGACAAAGAUCAGGUUUUAAUAAAGGUGAAAAGUUAUGUACAAAACGGUUGGCCUAAAAAGGUGUCAGAUAUACAAAUUAAACCGUAUUUUAAUUGUCGCCUGCAUUUAUCUAUUGAGAAAGGGUGCUUAAUGAGAGGACAUAAAAUUGUGUUGCCAGCUAAGGUUCAGUCGACAAUUUUGGCCGAAUUACAUAGCUCGCAUUUAGGAAUUGUCAAAACGAAAGCUGAAGCACGAUCUAGAUUUUGGUUCCCAGGCAUAGAUGCAGCGUUGGAGCGGAUGAUAGGUUCAUGUGCAAUUUGUAUUCAGUUACGGCCAUCCCCUCCACGCGCACCGCUCGCGACAUGGCAGUACCCAUCUUGUCCGUUUUAUAGGUUACAUAUUGAUUUUCUAGGACCAUUAAAUGGUCAUUCAUAUUUGGUUAUCGUAGACGCUUAUACGAAGUGGGUAGAAGUCUAUAAUACGAAAAAUAAUACCACGUCAACAGCGGUGGUUGAAAACCUAAUAGAUUUUUUCUCUCGGUUUGGCUUGCCGCAGACCCUAGUUAGCGACAAUGGCACUGCGUUUACGUCGCAGGAAUUUAAACAGUUUUGCGAGUUGAAUAGCAUAUCUCACGUGACGUCACCGGCUUAUCACCCAGCUAGUAAUGGGCAGGCGGAAAGUUACGUGAAAGUAGUAAAAAAAGGAAUAAAAACAUGUCUAAUGAAUAGUAAAAACCAGAAAGAAAGUAAAAAUAAGCUAAUGAAGUAUUUAUUUGACUAUAGAAACUCAGUACAUUCCACGACAGGAAUUCCGCCCGCCCAACUGGUGUACGGUCGCAAGUUGCGCUCGCGGUUAGAUAUUCUGACGGCACCGUCACCGUCGGCGCCGACGCCCCCGGAAUCGGCCACAUCACCCUCGGCCAUGAGGCUCGCUGAUCGUGUUCAGUUUAAACAGUGUUUACAACAUGAAUGCUAUGGUGGGAAAAACAAACGAAGUUAUUCGAUCAAUGAAAACGUACUGUAUAAAAAAAUAAAAAAUAACAAAAAAUAUGAAUGGUGCAAGGGUAUUAUAGUAAAAAAAAUGGGUAAGGUAACGUAUUUAGUAAAAGAUUGUGAAACGUCAAUGAAUAUUAAAAAACAUACAAAUCAGUUAUUAUUGUAUAAGGGUGAAUUAAACGAACCGAAAAUAGAUUGGGACGAUGUAGAUGUAGCACUGAACAUAACUACACCACAUGGAAGUACUGGCACCACCCAUAUGGAUGACCUCAUCCAAGAGGGAGAAGAGGUUGGUUAUGGACCAUUGGCAACUGAGGAAACUUCAGAGUGUUCGGAUACAGGAGAAUACCAGGAAGCUGAGUCGUACGAGUCGGAUGACCUGAGAGCGACAUCGUCGUGGACCACAGCCGUAGUAUCGGACAGCGCCGCUGCUGGGACCGCCAGUGCGCAGGCCCCGAGCGCAGACACUGCGCGUGCCUCGACAACAGAGAGCAGAGCCGCAGCCACUGGCACGGCCGCCAGCACACCGGCUCCCACCGUCACGACAUCCUACUCGAGCUCACCGACGCUGCCAAGCGUUAAUGCGCCAGACACGGAAGUAUCCGAGCACAGGCCCGUGUUCGGCUUCCGACGAGGUCAAUCGACAGUGGACGCGAUCCUUCGCGUCCGCUCUCUGUCGGAUGAAGCCGUGAGCGAGGGCGGGGUGUCGUUGGCAAUAAGUCUAGAUAUUGUCAACGCUUUCAACUCCCUGCCCUGGCAGGCAAUUAGGGAGGCCCUGGUGUAUCACCAAGUACCUCCCUAUCUCCGAGGGAUAGUUGGUGCCUAUCUUCAAGACAGGCAUAUAACAUACAUGGGACGGGAUGCCGAGGUCCAUCGGAGACCUGUCUAUUGCGGGGUUCCACAGGGGUCCGUUUUAGGUCCUCUGCUCUGGAAUCUUGCCUAUGACUCAGUCCUGCGAGCCGACCUCCCCGCUGGUGUUCAUGUCGUCUGCUACGCGGACGACACGCUUAUGCUGGCAAACGGGGACAACUUUGAGUCGACGACUCGACUUGCCGAGUUGGGGGUGGCAUGUGUUACCCGGAAAAUACACGGUCUUGGCCUCCAGUUAGCACCGCACAAGACCGAGGCGCUGUGGUUCCACAACCUCUCACGGGGUAAGGAGCCACCAGACUCGUCGAUCCGCGUCGGCGAUGUCCAAGUUCCGAUCAGAAGGCAAAUAAAAUACCUUGGCCUUAUCCUGGACGGCCGGUGGGAUUUCCGGGAACACCACAACCGCCUUUACCCCAGGAUCGAGAAAGUGAUCGGAGCCCUUCAUCGCAUUCUUCCCAACCUCGGCGGGCCGAGAGAGGGAGUCCGGCGUCUCUACGCCGGGGUAGUGCGUUCGAUGGCACUAUACGGUGCGCCUGUCUGGGCCCCUAGCCUGACGAGCGACCGGCGGCGCAAACUUAACAGUUUGCAGCGGAGAGUGUCCAUCCGAAUAGUGAGGGGAUACCGCACAAUAUCCCAUGAGGCUGCCAUGCUCUUGGCCCGAUGCCCGCCUCUAGACAUCUUAGUGGACAUGGAUGCGCGAACAUACCAUCUCGUUCGUAGCAUUCGCCAGAGCGGGGAGCCUCAACGAGCUGUAGAGAGGCUCAGAGAGCGAGAACACCUUAGGGCGCUCGAGGAGUGGAAAGCGCGACUUGAGGAGCCACGUUCCUCACGACAAAGAGUCGUUGGGGCAAUAUUACCAUCUUUUGCCCCAUGGAUGGAGAAAAUCUGGAACGGCACGUUCCGAUUAACACAGGUGCUCACCGGACACGGCUGUUUCGGUCAGUACCUGCAUCGGAUUGGACGCGAAGUAACAACGCAGUGUCAUCACUGCAGUGACGAUGUGGACGACGCCCAGCAUACGCUGGAGGAGUGUCCCGCGUGGAUCCCGGAGCGACAAACCCUGGUCUCAGAGGUCGGGGCUGACCUUUCUCCCCCUGCCAUAGUUGCGGCUAUGCUGUCGGGAGAAAGGCAAUGGAAGGCGAUGGUCGCUUUCUGCGAGUCUGUCAUGACUCAGAAAGAGGCCGCGGAACGGGACCGGGAGAGGCUGGAUCCCGCCCGGAGAAGGAGACGUCGGCGACGUGCGGUGGCGGCGGUAGCCGCGGCUGUCUAG